UUCACCGCGACAAUCAGCUGUGUGGUUGGGUCGCGCUGCUCGGGUUAUUUCGCGAUGAAUGCGAGUGUGGUUUACCCAAUUCACGGCCGACACAGCCCAGAUAUGUCGCUACAGGAUGUUUUACCAGAUUCAGCACAAGAUCCAGAAGAUGCACAAUUGUCCCAGAAUGCAGCCUCUCCAACACGUGAAGAUGACGAUCCUCCAAGCCCACCCUGCGCUCCAGGGUCGCCCGAGCAGGAAAUUGUCGAUGUGGAAUCUUACCAGCCCUGCGUUGUCGACCUCACGUGCGAAGACGAGGACGAGGAUGUUGUGGAAUUCGUGUCUCAAGAGCAGCCAGUUAUUUAUCUGGGAACAGAGCAGAGAAGAAUGGAGAGAAGAAGGAACACCAGUGGGAAUGACACCCCCCUUGAAGUCAUAGAGGACCUGACUACAGACAGACAACACAACCCCAUUGAGAACAUUAAUGAAGACAUCAACAUAAAUACCCUCCCUUUUGAGAGGCAACAGAACCACUGGCCGUUCGAGUCCCAGGGCGUUGAUUUCCACAAUCCAGAUCUCCUGUUUGGCAACCUCUUAAGAGAACUACCCGUGGAAACUGUCGAAGAUAAUCCACGAGCCAGGCCGAGUGUGUUGGUGCCAAGGUUACCCAGGGAGCAGCGGCAUUCUUUCAGGCGUCAGCGAAGCAGAUCUAGAUCUCCCCACCUUUUCCCAGACUCCCAAAGAGAUGUGCAACGAACUCCUGAGAUGGUGCAAGAAGUGGAUGAGCUCAUGGCCGAAGUGGAAGGAAGAAUGCCCCGAGUCCUUGGGCAGCCCCCUAACACCUACAAUGCUGCAAUGAUUGUAGCAGAAGAACAUAACCAGAGAGUCGCACGCAUCGUACCCCCAGAGGCGCCCCCAAGCCCACCCGCACUAGAGCAGCCAAUCAUUUCGUGCCUUGUCUGCUUCGAUUCCAUUGGCACCAUACAAAAAUCCUCCCGUAACUUAUGCUCCACAGUCUGCGGGCACAUCUUCUGCUCCACUUGCAUAGACGCUGUUGUAAGGCAAAAGAAACAGUGCCCCGUGUGUAGGAAAAAGUUAACGAAGAAACAGUAUCACUCUCUCUUCAUAUGAGGACUCAGACACCAAUGUUGUGAGCUCACAAUAGAAUUACGUGUAAAUAGCAAAUAUUCCCCGGGCCGUCUUUGGCCAAGGAUUUCCUGGAGAAGAACCAAGAGAAACCAGGCUGCUUUCUCUUUAAAAAAGUAAUCUAGUGACCCCUUAAUCUAUUAUGUAAACUAAAGGAUAUUCAGGAUCUAUAUGUCAAUGGUAUACAGUAAUUGUGUAGCCAAGGAUUAGAUAGUGUGUUAAAAGAGAACUUAAGGAUAUUGUGAAGUUUCUCUGUACAAAAGAAAUUAAGGCCAAUUUUCCAGUUUAUAUCUUUUUGAAAACUGAAUGUGGAAUAUUUAGAGAGCUGCUUCCUGUAAACUGAUUAGGUUCUUAAAUCAGAGGAGCAAAGUGGAAAUGCAGCUAUCGAGUCCUUACCCAGAAAGAGGGGAUUCUCAUCUCACAGGCUACUGGUGAGAGCAAUCUUUUUGGUUCCAAUUCUCUCAGUGCAGGUAUUCUGCUUCGUGCAGUCUUUGUUUUGAUAUCUAUGUUUUUGAACUCAGGCCAAUUGUGUGUGUUGUCACUCCAAACGCUUGCACAAGCACAGCACACACACACACACACACACACACACACACACACACACACACACACACACACACACACACACACUCACUCUCUCUCUCUCUCUCUCUCUCUCUCUCUCUCUCUCUCUCUCUCUC